AUGGAAGGUGAGGAUCAGUCUAUGACUGAUGCGCCUAAUGGCUUUGACGAGUCCCACGUCGUCGCCGUGGCAGGGCAGGAAGGCGGCGACAUUCCUAUCACGAAUGGUAUGAACCUAGACAUGGACGAGAGUGAAGAAUUUAGUGAAACCGACGAAACAAUAAAAUCUAUGCGUCGGCUAGGUAUGCUUCCCACGGGAUGCUGUUACGAUGACAGAAUGAAGCUCCAUGCAAAUGCCGAUUUUGGGCCCUCACCACAUCAUCCAGAAGACCCGAGGAGAAUCGAGGAGAUCAUGAAGAUGUUUAAGAAAGCUGGCCUCGUUUUCACGGGUCCCGAUUCCGAUCUUCUCGACAUCCUAAGAGAAUCUCCAACUAAAUAUAUGUGGAGGAUUCCAGCUCGUCCGGCCACGAAGCAGGAAAUAUGCACGGUACAUACCCCAAGACACUAUGACUGGGUUCAAAAUCUCUCCCAGAUGUCGACGAGAGAGUUACGAUCAUUGAGCCAUAAGUUGGAUCAAGGAAGGGCCUCUCUAUACGUAGGUGAGUCUGUCAAGACGAGUACCCAGACACUUGCCGCAAGAUACUCAUCUUGGAUUGGGAUGUUCAUCACGGAAAUGGCGUUCAGAACAUUUUCUACGAAGACCCGAAUGUCUUAUAUAUCCCUCCACGUCUAUGAAGAUGGCAAUUUCUACCCAGGAAAACCAGAUAACGAUAUGAUACCCGACGGAGAUAUAGACAAAGUCGGCGAAAGUCUAGGCAAAGGGAAGAACGUGAACAUUGGCUGGCCAUCUCAAGGCAUGGGCGAUGGCGAAUACCUCGCCGCGUUCCAAAAGAUUGUAAUGCCCAUUGCCCGCGAAUUCGACCCGGACAUGGUAAUUAUCUCUGCUGGUUUUGAUGCGGCCGAUGGUGACGAGUUGGGUGGAUGUUUUGUCACACCACCAUGCUACGCACAUAUGACGCACAUGCUGAUGUCCCUUGCUGGCGGAAAGGUAGCCGUAUGCCUCGAAGGAGGCUAUAACUUGAAGGCAAUUUCCAAUUCAGCUUUAGCCGUCGCUCGGACACUCAUGGGAGAACCGCCACCAAAGAUGGGAGUACCGCCCCUCAACAAGGAUGCAGCCAGACUCUUAGCAAAAGUUCAAGCUGUCCAAGCGCCCUACUGGGAAUGCAUGAGACCUGGUAUAAUCGAAGUUCGGGAAUUGGGAGACAACACUUCUCGAUUACACGACGUUAUUCGAGGUUAUCAGCGGCAGAUACUGUCUGAUAAGUAUGCCAUGGUCCCCCUCUUCAUUCAAAGAGAAGUUCUCUACAAGUCGUUUGAGAACCAGGUUCUUGUCACACCGGGAUUGCAAGCCAAGAGAAAAAUUAUAUUCAUCGUUCAUGAUCCUCCUGAGUUACAGGCAAUGCCGGAUAUUAUUGAUAACACGGUUGAUCCCCACAAUGGCUUCAUCUUGGAUGGUGUUAUGUCUUAUGUUGAUUGGGCUCACAAGAAUGACUUUGGUAUUAUGGACGCCAAUAUUCCCCAUUACAUUACUCAUUCUGAGGACAUCGACGCGUUUACUCCCCGUGCAGAUGAGAAGACUUUACAACGGCAGAUCCAGGAACUGGUAUGCUAUAUAUGGGAUAACUAUCUUCAGCUCUACGAUGUAGAAGACUUGUUCAUUAUAGGCGUAGGCAAUGCAUACCUAGGCGUUAAGGUCCUUCUGACGAAUAGAGAUUGCAAAAAUCGAAUUGCGGGGGUGAUUAAUUUCGUAACGGGUAACCUACGACCAGUGAAAUCGGAAACUGACACAGAACUGUCGAGUUGGUACGAUGACGGGGAAGUCACUAGAUAUGGCGCUGGUGAAUCGUACCGCCCGUUUAAUUCCAACCGGUCUCCGCGCCGAGCUAGAAGCCCCCCAAGAGGCCGUAGCCCACCACUUCUAGAUAGCGACCGUUAUGUGCCCGGUCGAUCCCCACGACGUCGCUCACGAAGCGCUGAUCGCUACCGUCGAGACCUUUCCAGAGACCGACGAGAUACUAGAGAUAUGGGCGACAGCUGGAGAAGACGCGAUAGGAGCCGUAGUCUUCGCCGAAGCCCCCCACGACGGUCUCCUCCCCGACGUAGUCCGCCUCGAAGAAGUCCGCCGCCGCGCAGAUUCUCACCAAGACGGGAUGAUAGAGAUCGUUUGCGAUCUCCACGAAGGGGCUAUGACGCAAGGUUCCAACCACCACCCCAGAUUAACAAUCCUAAUCUUAUACCCCUAACAAGUCUUCCAUACAGACGGAGAUCGAGAUCUCCCUUCGAUAGAGACCGCAUCCGAGAAAGGUCGCCUCUCCGACGUUCACCCCUGCCCAUCCCGAGGGCCAGUACCUACAGAGCCCGCACCCGCAGCCCGGACCGACGAGACGAUCGAUACGGCCCUUCACAUAGCAGACGCCCUUCCCCGCCACGCGACUCUGCAAUCUCAUCGGCAAUUCCGUCUAGGGACACAUCUCGAAGAUCUUCGCCCCACCCUCUUCCUCCUCGUCGCGACGAUCGAUCACAUCCACAGUCUCCCAUACCCUCUAGACCUUUGUCUAGAUCUUCUCAUAAUGUACCACUUAGAGAUCGAAGUCCUCAGGGCACUCCGAAAGAAUCUAGUGCCCCACCUAGAUCCCCUCCGCGUGGCCCUGCCGCUCUCCGAGCACCUCCCACUGGUCCCAGAGAUACUCGCGCUUACGGGAGCCAAUCUGCCGGGGUGAUAGGCCCGCCCCCCAGACCGGUUCCGGCCGCACCCGCAGUAGCAAGUCGGCCCGACAUCAGCCCUAGUGCUCCGCCAGCAGGUCCUAGAGGCUACGUCGCCACACGAGGAGGCGGCUAUAGUCGAGGCGGUCGAGGAGGACCCAGCUGGGGUAGUACGAUUCAAAGCCGUAAUCUACCACCAGCCGCAGGUCCCAUUCCUGCCUCAGCAACAACAAUCUCUAAUACCAUCCCCACCGGCCCGAGAGCAGGUCCAUCUUCGCAAUCCGUUCCCACAACCCCUGUUAACCAAGCCAAACCCUUCAACCCACCCAAGGGCCCAGCUGCCGAGAGUACCCGUCCUAGCCUAGCGCAGCAACUUCUUGCGACUCUACCACCUAUCGUUCCCGGAGGUAAAAUGGACCCUCAUUACCUCGCCAUGACAACAGGCGUGAUGCCCGAGCUCCAGGCCCACACGCUGCAGCUGAAAGAGGAGGAAGAGAAGUUGCGUGCGGAGAAAUAUGUGAAGGAGGAGAAAUUGAGAAAGAGUCUGGCGUUAUGGGAUAAGUUUGAGAGGGAGGCUAAGGUCUUGGAGUUGAGAAUAGAGCUUAGUGAGAACAGCGUGAAGAAGUUUGCAGGCGAGGGGGUUGGAGGUGCGGCGUUUUAG